AUGUCUGACACCUACAUGUACCAGUAUCAUCUCUUUUCUGCCCUGGUGGCCUUUAUCGGCCUUGUACACUAUGUGUAUGUCAAUUCCAAACGAUACAAGUUGUCUCACAUUCCGACUGUUGGUUAUUCCACCCCCUUGCUCACGUAUAUCUCUGCGUGGAGGUACUUUCGAGAUCCGGCAUAUGUUUAUGAGACGAUUGAGGAAGGGUAUCGCAAGUACCCAAACAAACUAUUCAAAGUCCCUACGUUGACUUCAUGGGAGGUCAUAGUGAACAGCACACAAGCUGUCGACGAGAUGUGCAAGGCGCCCGUGGACGUUGUAUCGAACAUUCUCGCAUUCUCCGAGCUGGAUUAUACACUCGGACAUGAUGUCACCAAGUACCCGUACCAUGUCAGCGUUGUGCGUGGACCGAUCACGAGGAAUAUUGCGGCAAAGUUUGGAGUCGUCCGGGAGGAAGUAGUGCGCGGAUAUGAUGACGCUGUCGAGGGCUUGAGGAAGGGCACUGGAGAGGUCGGGGAGUGGGUCCAGGUACCGGUGUACGAUGUGACAAUCAAGUUGGUGCGAAAGAUUAUGGCGCGGAUGUCUGUGGGCUAUCCUCUAUGUGAGAACGAAGAGUUUAAAGAGCUCUGUGGCCGUGCGGUGCGGACACUCGUGAAAGGGAGGGCGUUGAGAUUUUUUCCAAAAUUUAUGAGACCACUUGCGUCGAGACUUCUUAUUAACGUGCAGAAGGAUUUGCGACGGAUGGCGGUGCUGAUUGAGCCCGAGGUGAAGCAGAGGCUUGAGCAGGAGGCGGAAUGCAUCGCGAGUGGGACAGAAUGGACUGAGAAGCCGGCAAAACGACGUCUUGCAGUGGUUGAUGGACGAGGCGAAGCGGAUCGGGCGCUGACAAACGCGCUUCGGAUUAUUGCGUGUCAUCCGCCAGAGGAGUACCUUUACCCGUUGCGUGAGGAGCUGGAACGAGUGUUGAGGGCCGGUGGAGACGAGGAGGCGGAGAAAGGUAGGGAUGGCGGAGGAUUAGAAUGGACAAAAAACGCUGUGGGGAGGAUGUAUCUCCUGGACAGCUUGUUGAGGGAGGUACAACGGUGCUUUGAUAUACAGCCUUUGCACGUUUCGCGAAAGACAGUCCAACCGUUCGUAUUCUCGGAUGGGACACUCGUGCCUCCAGGCGUGACCAUGUAUGCGAACUCACAUGCUAUGUAUAGAGAUGAAGCGAGGUUUGGGAGAGCGGGGAACUUUGAAGGGUUUAGGUAUGUGAUGGAUGGAGAGGGUGUUGGGGACGAGGGUGUCCAUGAGAAAGGCAGUCUCAAUGCAGGGAAGGAAAGGGACCUGCCGACUGGUAGCUUUAUGCAGCCGCUCCUGGCCAAGCCUGCUCUGGAUUAUCAUGCCUUCGGGUAUGGCAAACAUGCUUGCCCGGGGAGGUUCUCUGCUGUCUAUCAGCUCAAGACGAUGGUCGCACAUGUCCUUAUGACAUACGAUGUUAGCAUGCACAAUCCUACUGACAAGAACGGGAGUGGAAAUCACAAUUCGAAGCAACAAGGUAGUGGCAAUGAUCAUCGGAAAGGCUAUGGGUUGGAGAAUAAUAAUGAUGACGGUGCUGAUGGGCGAGUUUAUUCUGUGCAUAUGAGACUUGCUGGAGAGAAAGUGUUGCCUGACGAUGAAGAUGCUGGGCAGGGCAAGAAGGCAGGGAUGGGUGUUGCGACAAAGUUGUGGUUCAGGAAGAGGUAA